AUGGAUGGAAUUACCAAGUCUCGAAUCAUUAAGUUCAUCGUCGGCAAGGACAAGGUCGAACACAAUGUCCACGAGGCAGUCAUCAGUGGCCUUUCCGAACCCCUCCGAGCACUCGUGAACAACGGCAUGAAGGAGUCUGUGGAGGGCUUGGUUGUCUGGACCAGUGUCGAGGAUGAGACUUUUACUCACUUGAUGGAGUACGCCUACCGUCACGACUUCACCUUUGUUGACCAUGACGCAAAGACAACCUACGCAUCCGAAACCACGGAGUCACUCAAUCAGCGCGUCAAAGGCUACCGGCUCCCGAGAAAGAGUCGAUCAAAGGGAAUUGAUUUCGCUCUGGAUUGCUUUGGUGACUUCAUGACUGAUGUCGAAGGUGAUCCGCAUCUGGUUCGCAGUCACUCACAACAGUGUUUCAUAUCGUGCGCGCGACUCUACGUCUUGGCCGAUCAGUACGCCAUUUAUGAGUUGAAGGACCUAUGCGUCGACAAACUGCGACAGAUCCCUCUGCACCACCCAUACACCGAUGAACUCGCACUCAGCAUCUGCAAACUCUUGGUCUUUGCUUGGCCGAGGACCAUACCCAAUGAUACACUUCGAGCACUGCUUAUCGACUACAUCAUCACAGACCUAUACAAAGCUCUUGGGUUUUCCUGUGUUACUGAUGUCUUGGACGAGAUUCCCGAGAUCUCUACUGCCCUUCUUCGUCGCGCGCCGGAUGACUACUGGCUGGCACUCUGA